AUGAGUAGUCUGGAGAAGUCAAAUUCUGAAUCUCCCGCCGGUAUCAGUCUCAGCCCCAGCCCCCCAUCAAUGUUGGAGGGAAAGAUAAAUAGCUACGUUGACAAACUGAAUGGGCAGAGCAGUUCAGAGAAUUCUUGUGCAAAUGUUGGAGGAAAUACUGGAGCUGCUUCAACUGAAGGUACUCAAACGACUUCAAAGUUCAGGGACAGGCCUAUACCGCCUCUGCCUCCUCAACCCCUGAAAAGGAUGAAGGUAUAUCCGAAAAGUAGGAGUGAGAUAUGGUUUCAUUUCACUAGAUUGGAAUCUGAUAGGAACAAGGCUGCUUGCAAUUAUUGUGGAGCUGAAUAUGCUUGUUGCUCUAACAAAAAUGGAACCAGUGGUUUGUGGAAUCAUUUUAAGGGAAGAUGUAAGAAGAAUCCGUAUAAACUUUUGGCUGGCCAAACAACUCUGCGGAAAUGUAGCAUGGAAAAGCCAGUAAUGGUUGACCAAGUGACUCCGGAGAAGUGUGGGAUAAAAAAAGGACUAAAGGCUGGCCAAACAACUCUAGACAGGUUCAUGGUGAAAAAAGAACCACUGAUCUAG